UACUUUUUUCAUAUAAGAAGUGAAAAUCCUUGGGGCAUUUUGAUUUCUCUUCAUUCCUAUUGUAGUCAUGGGGUCCUUCUUUAUUACCAACUUCGUCUUGCUCAUGAUAUACUCAACAUCUUUCAUAACAACUUCUUCAUUUAAUUCUUCAUCAACUUUGAACACUACUCAUAUUUCUUCUCUACAAUCCUUGUGCAAAUCCACUCCAUAUCCACAAUCUUGUUUCAACGCACACAAAUUAUCAAUCUCCAUUAACAUCAGCCCAAACAUCUUAAAAGUUCUCCUACAAUCUCUUCAAUCAGCCUUAUUAGGAACAGGACAUCUCACAACCUUAUUUUCCUCAGCUUCAAGCUCAAAUCUUGUCGAAAAACGAAUAGGUAUUAUUCAAGAUUGUAAAGAACUCCAUCAAACUACAAUAUCUUCAUUGAAAAGAUCUCUAUCGAAGAUCAACACUGGCUUGACUAACUCCAAGAAUUUAGCUGACGCGAAAGCGUUUCUCAGUGCAGCACUGACUAACAAAGCUACUUGCCUAGAAGGCUUAGAUUCCAGUACUGGGUCGUUGAAAUCUACGUUGAUUAAUACUCUGAGCAGUACUUACGAGCAUGUUAGUAAUUCUCUGUCGAUGCUCUCAAAGUUCUCUGUUAAAAAACAGGGGAAUGGAAAUAGGGGGCGCCGGCUCUUGUCGUUGGGUGUGCCGAGUAGGAGCGGAUCCAAAGCUUUAGGAACUCAUAAACUUCAAAUUCUGCCGAGGUGGCUGUCUCGGAAGGAUAGGCACAUAUUGCAGAGCGAUGACAAUUAUGAUCAAAAUGAUGAUUUGACAUUUACAGUGGCAGCUGAUGGAAGUGGAAAUUUCACUACCAUAAGUGAAGCUAUUAACUUUGCACCAAAUAAUAGUGAUGAUAGGAUCUUUAUCUAUGUAAAAGAAGGGGUUUAUCAAGAAAAUGUUGAAAUUCCAAUUUGGAAGCCUAACAUUGUUCUUCUUGGAGAUGGAAGUGAUAUUACUGUGGUUACUGGUAAUAGAAGUGUUGUUGAUGGUUGGACUACUUUCAGAUCUGCCACUGUAGCUGUAUCCGGUGGAGGGUUCUUGGCUCGCGACAUUACUUUUGAGAACACAGCUGGACCCGAAAAGCACCAAGCAGUUGCGCUUCGUAUCAAUGCAGACUUAGCAGCCAUCUAUCGUUGCACCAUAACUGGUUACCAGGACACCUUAUACGCCCACUCAUUCCGACAAUUUUACAGAGAAUGCGACAUUUAUGGUACAGUAGAUUACAUUUUCGGAAAUGCAGCUGUUGUUUUCCAAGGUUGUAACAUUGUGUCAAGGUUGCCAAUGCCUGGCCAAUUCACCGUAAUUACAGCCCAAUCGCGCGAUUCCCCUGAUGAGUAUACCGGAAUCUCUAUACAAAAUUGUUCAAUUUUAGCCACUGAGGAUUUGUACUCUAAUUCCAGUAGUGUCAAUAGUUACCUAGGAAGACCAUGGAGAAAUUAUUCGCGAACGGUAUACCUCGAGUCAUACAUAGACGGUUUUAUUAAUCCAAAGGGGUGGAAAGAGUGGUCGGCAAAUCAAAGUUUGGAUACAUUAUACUACGGAGAGUACGAAAACAGUGGUCCUUCAUCAGGGACCGAUAAUCGAGUUACAUGGUCAGGUUAUCACAUAAUGGACUAUUAUGAUGCUGCAAAUUUCACGGUGUCGGAGUUUAUUACUGCAGAAGAAUGGUUAGAUUCUACUUCUUUUCCUUAUGAUGAUGGGGUGUAAGGAUAGUGUAUUCCUCCCACUUUUAAUAUAGCUCUCAAUUUCAACUUACUGAUAAAGCUGCUUUUGCAGCAUUGUAACAUGCUAGUGUUGUUAAUGGAUGAAAAUUACAUGUGCACAUUGGUUGCUUAAAUAA